GCUUUCGAACUUUCCAUACUCAUGACUCACACAGUGCAAGCUCUCACAACGUUCUCUCUCGCUUUUCAUCUCAUGGCAAUGUCGUGAAAAGUCCUCCCACUCGGAACCUCAGCGGACAGGAGAUACACCCGGGUGAAAGCCUAGGCGGAUUGCUUGGUUUUCUUUGCCGUGCUUGGGUUCCCAGAAAGGGAGGGAAAAUGGGGAGGGGAAGGGUGCAGCUCCGGAGAAUCGAGAACAAGAUCAACCGCCAAGUCAGCUUCUCGAAGCGCCGUUCUGGGCUGCUGAAGAAAGCCCACGAGAUCUCCGUUUUGUGCGAUGCCGAGGUUGGGCUCAUCAUCUUCUCCACCAAAGGCAAGCUCUUUGAGUACGCCACUGAUUCCCGCAUGGAUAGAAUCCUUGAACGAUAUGAUAGAUGCUCAUAUGCAGAAAAUCAGCUUACUGCAGCUAACCAUGAAUCACCGGGAAGCUGGGCUCUGCAACAUGCAAAGCUUAAGGCCAGGCUGGAGGUUUUGCAAAGAGAUCAGAGGCAUUUACUGGGUGAAGACAUUGAGCAUUUGAGUCUCAAAGAGCUGCAGACUUUGGAGAAUCAGCUUGAGACUGCGCUUAGACACACAAGGUCGAGAAAGAACCAUCUAAUGAAUGAAUGCAUCACCGAGCUUCAGAAAAAGGACAAGGCAUUGAGGGAACAAAUUAUCUUGCUUGCGAAGAAGAUCAAGGAGAAGGAGAAGGAACAGGCGCAACAGGCUCCAUCUGAUGAGCAGCCAAACCCCGAACCGAGUUCCUCAUCCUCUGGAGGCCAACCACUACCAUUCCACUCCUUAAACAUUGGCGGCGCUUACCAGCAGGCGGCUGAAGAAAAUGGAGGAGACGUUGAAGUAGCUCCAGUUUUUCAAAUUCAACUGCCGCCAUGGAUGCUUCCCCAUGUUAGUGGGUAAAGCAAGCAGUGUCUUCUGGCAACUACGCAUUUUUUAUCUUUAUUGCUAUAUAUAUACAUAUAUGUUGGAAGGUACUCCUUCCCUCUUCCUCAACCACUGCGUGUGGUAUUGUGUGUGAGACCAAAUAAACAGGGAAGAGCCUUUUCUUUGUUGUAAAAAAAAAUCCUUGAAAUAUUUGGAUAGAAGGCCUAUUUAUAGACAAAAGGUUAAACAAAAAAUAAGUACAAUGUAUUAAAUAUUUUUAUCAAAAUUCUAAAAAAACUCUCUCAAUUUUCGUGUUU